UAGUUCAGAUAGUGCAUUUAAUGUAACUUCCUACACAUUAAGUGCAAUCCUAAUUCUGUUAUAACUAUAUGCGUUUGUGACUUUGUGUAAAUGAACUGAUUAGAAAACGUCGAAAAUGCCCGGUUGCUGUAUUGAAAAUUGCAAAAACCGCAGUGAAAAAGGCUUCCGUUUAUUUCGCGUGCCAACAGGGGAUAGACGUAAAGAAUGGCUUCAAUUAAUUGGCAAAGAAACAUUGCCGGAAAGAGCUGUAAUUUGUGAGGUCCAUAUUUCGACAAUAAUCAAUUUGAAAAUAACCGUAAAGAUGGAAGAAAGCUGCUUCAUCCAUUUUCAAAACCUAAUUUGUUACAGAAACACAGCAGAAGAUAAAGAUAAAGAUAAAGAGGAAAAUAAUUCUAGGAAUUCGGAAUUUUCCAGUGAUGUCGAGGUUAUAGAAUUUCGUGAAUGUGAGGCCAAUACAACAACAAACAUAAUAAACGCACAUAAUAAUCACAGUAUAAAAUGUAUAAUACAAAAUAUAUAUAAUCUUUAAAAUUAAAU